AUGGCUUCGCGUUCGUUGGCCUCUAUCAGCCGUUCGGCAUCUCGUCUCCUUCAAAGCAACGUUCAGAAAUGCGCUCUUCCAGCUGCCUCCAUCCGUCUCAGCUCAAACAAUGUUGAGAGCAAGAAGGGAAUCCACACCGGAGUUGCCACCCAGCAAGCUGCCGCCGCCGGAAAGGUCUCCGCCAAGGCCACCGCUGCUAACGCUUCCGGACGUAUCGUCGCUGUUAUUGGAGCCGUCGUCGACGUUCAGUUCGAUGAGAACCUUCCACCAAUCCUCAACGGUCUUGAGGUUGUCGGACGUUCCCCAAGACUCAUUCUUGAGGUUUCCCAGCAUCUUGGAGACAAUGUCGUCAGAUGCAUUGCUAUGGACGGAACUGAAGGACUUGUUCGUGGACAGCCAGUCGCUGACACCGGAGAUCCGAUCAAGAUCCCAGUCGGACCAGAAACCCUUGGCCGUAUCAUGAACGUCAUUGGAGAGCCAAUCGAUGAGAGAGGACCAAUUCCAUCCAAGAACUUCGCUCCAAUCCACGCUGAGGCUCCAGAGUUCGUCGAGAUGUCCGUCGAGCAAGAGAUUCUUGUUACCGGAAUCAAGGUCGUCGAUCUUCUUGCCCCAUACGCCAAGGGAGGAAAGAUUGGACUUUUCGGAGGAGCCGGAGUCGGAAAGACUGUGCUUAUCAUGGAGCUCAUUAACAACGUCGCCAAGGCUCACGGAGGUUACUCUGUUUUCGCCGGAGUCGGAGAACGUACCCGUGAAGGAAACGAUCUCUACCACGAAAUGAUUGAAGGAGGAGUCAUUGAUCUUAAGGGAAAGAACUCCAAGGUAUCUCUCGUAUACGGACAGAUGAACGAGCCACCAGGUGCCCGUGCCCGUGUGUGCCUCACCGGACUCACCGUUGCCGAGUACUUCCGUGAUCAAGAAGGACAGGACGUGCUUCUCUUCAUUGACAACAUCUUCCGUUUCACUCAAGCCGGAUCUGAAGUGUCUGCUCUUCUCGGACGUAUCCCAUCCGCUGUCGGAUACCAACCAACCCUUGCCACUGACAUGGGUGGUAUGCAAGAGAGAAUUACCACCACCAAGAAGGGAUCCAUCACCUCCGUGCAGGCUAUCUACGUGCCAGCUGACGAUUUGACUGAUCCAGCUCCAGCCACCACAUUCGCUCACUUGGACGCCACCACUGUGUUGUCUCGUGGUAUCGCCGAAUUGGCUAUCUACCCAGCUGUGGAUCCACUCGACUCCACCUCCCGUAUCAUGGACCCCAACAUUGUCGGACAAAACCACUACGACAUUGCUCGUGGAGUGCAGAAGAUCCUCCAAGAUUACAAGUCCCUCCAAGAUAUUAUUGCUAUUCUUGGUAUGGAUGAGUUGUCUGAGGAAGAUAAGCUGACUGUGUCCCGCGCCCGUAAGAUCCAGAAGUUCCUUUCCCAACCAUUCCAAGUCGCCGAAGUUUUCACUGGAUAUCAAGGAAAGUUCGUAUCACUCGAGGAGACCAUCCGCGGAUUCACCAUGAUUCUCAAGGGAGAGCUCGACCACCUUCCAGAAGUUGCCUUCUACAUGCAAGGAGGAAUCGAUGAUGUGUUCAAGAAGGCCGAGGAGCUCGCCAAGCAACACAGCUAA